GUGUUACUUGGCACAUUUAGGAACGAAACCAACAUGCUUUUGUGUGCUUUUGAAAUAUCAUAACAAGUUUUUAGGAAUUCCACGUAUUGUUUCAGGGAAGUCGAUCGCUCUUUCGUAAAGUUUUGAAAGUGUGAUUUCAGGAAAGCAAUUGACAUCUGGAUCAGCAUUGCAUAAGCAGAAGCUACAGAAGAAAAAUUACACCCAGUUUCUUGGACGGGGAUGGAACCCGAAUCCACUAAACAUACACUUGCUUCUUUCCCUCGAUUCCAUGACAGUAAUUUUACCUUUCAGGCGAGUUACAGUGAUGAAGGUGGAGAUGAGACUUCUUCCUUGUCUUCCACGAGUACUAGCGUUCUUUUACCCCAUGAAAACGAAGAAGAUGAAGUUUUCAAAAUUAUAAAACUCUUGGUUACUCAAUCAAAACUUGGACAAUGGGCUUAUCAAUUGACAAAUGCUCUUCAGACAAGGAAAAAGCUACCUCAAAGACACAAAACACCCAAGGUUUUCUAUUCUGUAUUUGCUUGUCCACCGUCUAUUCUACAUGCGGAUAAGCAAUGGAAGACCUAUCCUCAUCAUUCUGGACAUGAUUUCCAUGACUUUGAAAAAACUGUUUUAGAAGCAAAGCAGGCAAUUGACAAAAACGUGUUUCCUUGCUUGAUUUCGCAGGGAUCUUCUGGUUCUUACUUUGUAAAUAAUGACCAGGGGAAAAUUAUAGCAGUUUUCAAGCCGAAGGAUGAAGAGCCCUAUGGGAAAUUGAAUCCGAAAUGGACCAAAUGGUUUCAUAGAAAUCUAUUUCCUUGUUUUUUCGGAAGAAGCUGUCUCAUUCCAAAUCUUUGCUAUCUUUCGGAGGCUGCAGCCUGUCUUUUGGACCGCAGUCUUGGUCUUUACAUUGUACCCUAUACUGACGUGGUUUCUUUGGCAUCUCCUACUUUCAAUUAUGACUAUUUUGCUCGGAAGUCAUAUCUUUCGAAAAACAGAAGUCUUCCUUUAAAGCUUGGAUCCUUUCAACAAUUCCUUGAAGGUUAUACAUUAGCUUCUCGGUUCCUAGAAUCUCAUCCAUGGCCGGGUAGUAGAUACCGAGAACACCGUGACUAUACAGAAUCUGUUGGUUCAAGUCAAGACUUUGAUAUCUUUGAUCCAUUCUUGACUGAAAACGAAAUUGAAACCGACUUUUGGACAGAAGACAUGCGUCUCAAAUUCCGAUUUGAAUUCGAAAAAUUGGUGUUGCUAGAUUACCUAAUGCGUAACACAGACCGUAGUUUGGAUAACUGGAUGAUCAAAGUUUGUCUUGAUCCUUGCAACGAUCCGGAGUACUUCAGGUCCGUUCAUAUCCUUUCAAGUGAUGUUACACCUGAUUUAUCAUCUUCAACUAUGGACUAUCCUGAUCAUGUUAAUGACUUUUGGAAGGGUCCUCAUUUUCAUAUUGGUGCUAUAGAUAACUCUCUUGCCUUUCCUUUUAAACAUCCAGAUUCCUGGAGGUCGUUUCCCUAUGGCUGGUUGUCGCUACCACGAGCCAUAUUAUCGCAACCAUUUACUGUAUUUACUAGACAAUUAUUUUUGCAAAAACUCACUAGCAGAGAAUGGUGGGAAAAUAUUACAGAGCAACUUCAGGAAACAUUUUCAAAAGACGAAGACUUUGACCAAAAAAUGUUUAAAAAUCAACUAUAUUUACUAAAAGGACAAGCUUAUAACAUUGUUGAAACUUUCAAGGAACCUCUUACGAAUAUUUUAGACUUGUUUGAUCGGCCUAACCUUUAUGUUGUUGAUGAUAUCGUCCAGAUAAAAGUCAGUAGACAGCCGACAGAUGAAGAAGAUACGAACCCCAGUUCCUCUAGACAUAACGCUCAUCGAAGGUAUGGAAGUGUCCAACAGACUUCCAGUACAUACCCCCAAUCAAAAAUGACUUUACAGCGGCUUUCGUCAUUUCCCUCUCUCAGUCAUAAAUUCACUGAAUUGACACCUUUAAAUACGAAUAUUCCAAAUGCAACUUCUUCCAUAAGGGAGGAUGUAGCCCCAGUUAUUUUCGAACGGUUAUUAUACGCAUCAUCAAAUGCGUUUUUCACUAGUUGUUAGAUAUCUUGUCUUCUGAAGGUCCAUUUUAAACAGAAUUCAACUUCACUAGGCUAGGUGGAUAUUGUCAUUUUAGACGUGCUUCUUAAUUUUUUUAUUUAAUUUAAUGCCGUGAUUCUGCGAGCAAACAAUUUUCAAUUUUAUCGAUUUAUAUAAUUUCUAUGUGCCAUUUGUUUGAUAGUUUUCUAUUCAAACUUAGGCAAGAUGAUAAUAACCCGAAUUUUACCGGCGGUAUAGAAACACUUUAUUUUUCGAAUAUCUGUCUGGCUUAAUACUUUUAAAGUUUUAAGCCUUUUCUUAAUAUUUAAUGUCUCAACUUAUUUAUGUGCUUAAUGAGUUUAUGUUAAUAUUAGCCUUUUUAUUAAAUAUCAUUUUUAGCUCGUUAUUAAUGAAAAUAGAUUUGUUUACUAUCACCUUCAUGGUGGUGGAAAGAUGCACCAAA